UCAAGCAGUUCACUUUGUAAAAAUCAAUCACAAAUGUGGAGUAAAAGUGGAUUAACUGUAGCAGUCUUGGUGACUUUGGCUGUCCACCAAAUUGCUGCAUCUCCUGCCCGGGUGAAGCGCAAUGAUGAUCUCAACGAUCACCUGGAUCCCAUCAAUCAAGUGGAAGACAGUGGGCAUGGUUUGGAGCGGGAAAAGAGAAAAUUACCCGAUGCGGUUUUUGGCACGAAGAACGCUCUACUUGGAUUAGUUUUUAGCAAAAUUGAUUCGCUAAUCGAUUCGAAAACGCGCUUUAUCGAUGUACUGGAUCAAACCAACAUUGCCAAGAACAAACAAUAUGGAAUUGAGAGUCCGCCACAGAUUAACAGUCUGCAGAGCCUGAUCUCUGCCGUCAUUACGCCCAAGAUUCAGGCCAUUACAAGCAAACUCGGUGGACUCAGUGGAUCCUUCCUCGGUGGUGCUGGUGGUGGAUUUGCAACGACAGGCGGUGAGACGGCGACGGAUGCUUCAGGUGGUGGUGGUGGAUCUGGCUUUGGUGGCAUUCUCACAUCCCUGCUGCGCUUCUCUGGACCCCUUCUAUCCUCCUCAUCAGGUGGCACUCAGUCAUCGGAUGACGAUCUCGGCGAAGAUCAGGACGACGAACGCAAGUAGAAAAUUUUCAUCCACCCCCAUCAACAGCGGAUGUCGUCUUGGAGCAUCAUCACCAUCAAAAUUCAUGUACAACAGAAUUUCACCAUCAUCAUUUAUCCAAGCAUUUACAAGGGAUAUAUAAGGAAAUAAAAAACAAACAACCCAGAAGGAAGAAGGGAAUCUGUGACCGAGAAGUUGACAUUCACAGUGAAGAGAAAUUACGAAAUGAGGCUGUGAAGCUUUUUUGAUAUUUGUUUUUGUUACCAUCCCAGACACAUUGUGUGUCAUUAGAUGAAAUCGGCGCUAAAGAAAUUGACCUCCCCGUAAAAAAAAUGUCGCAAGAAAAUUAACCUUCCAAGUCCAGCGAAGAGCUACCAGCCACAAGGGAUAGUAUUAAUUUGCCAUUAUAGAUGUUUACAAAGCAGCAACAAAAAUUUUUUAUACUCUGCAACGCAUUGAGCAGGUGAAGACAUCCACCCCCUCCUGCACCAAUUUCACCUGCAACUGCCAUUUACCAGAGCCACAAAAUACCAUCAUUUAGUCCCCUCCCCCACUAUUAUUAUACCUUCCCCAACAUAAAUCAUGGAAUGUAGAAUGUCUUUGUAAAUAUGUCUUUUUUCAAAAUACUCUUUCAUAUCUAUCGAGUGGAAAAGAAUGUGUAUUAAAUGUAUAGAGAAGUAAAAAAAGAAACAACAACUUUACUUAAUCUGGAGUUUUAAUGCACCGCCAUCGACCACCGAAAGAUUUUGUUGUAUAUCUUUAUUUGUGGUUCAACCAGAUGGAACGUGACAAGGUCGCGCCGUCUCACAGAAAAGUGACCAAAUCCAACUGAGAAAUUACCUCAUGGCUGUGAAGACUUGCCCAUUUGCUGUGUAUGAGUGGUGAGGAGUUGUUGGCUUAAAGUGGCGAAAUUUAUCCAUCUGAAACCCUGCCAAAUACCUCAGCUCAAGCGAUCCAUCCCGUGGGCUGAAAGAAAAGUCUCUUCUUGCAAAAGGGAUUGUCAUUCGGCGUGGAAAAAGCCCAAGGAAAUCAACGAAGAAUU